GUUACAAUGUCGUUUUGCCUCCACUGUUUGCAAAUGUCUUGAUAAGCUCGUGCUGAAUUACACUAAUCUUUAAAGGUCCCUCACUGCCUUGAGUGCCUCGAGUCUAAAGGGAAAAGACACACUUUUCACUAUUUAAUAGUACUUUUCCCAGUGUUUAAUUCAUUUUGUUGUUUGUUGAGGAUCAGUAUACGCUUACGUUAGAAUGACUUCAACCCUGGGGAGAGUGUACCACAUCACAGCAUUCAGCUGGUAUGCUUUUGUUGUUAAGUGUCUCGCUGCUAAGGAUGGAGAGAAAUUACCACCAGGAAUCUUUGUUUAUGGAGGACCUUGGAAGUACCUAACAUUUUUGAAUUUGUUAUUGCAAAUGUCAUUCUUUGGACUGGCAGCUCUGAAUGAUCUACAAGCUGGGAAAAAGUCAGAGACUACUCUGAGCAGAUGUAAAGACCUCCUCUUCUCUGUCUUUGCCUUCCCUGUGGGCAUGUUUGUUGUUCUACUUUUCUGGACAAUCUUUGCCUACGACAGAGAGCUGGUCUACCCAGCUACUAUUGACACUUUCUUCCCUCCCUGGAUAAACCAUGCUAUGCACACAUUUGUCCUGCCUGUUUUACUUGGAGAAGUGCUGGUGCAGCCUCACAUCUACCCACAGACUAAACAUGCCCUGGCAGCAUUAGGAGUUGUGGGCUUGGCUUACUUAUUUUGGAUUAUAUGGGUGUUCUUGUCAGUUGGGAUUUGGGUGUAUCCUCUCCUGGGCCACUUCAGCACCGCUGGUCUGGCGGGCUUCUUCUUUUUUAACAUGUCUGCGGUGACCUUGUUCUACCUGCUGGGGGACAAGCUCAACAGCCGUGUGUGGAGUAAGGACAUGAACAAAACGACAGCAAACAAACAGUGACUCUCAAAUGAAAAUAGUCAAGUACAGUGGCAAUCCAGACAAGACAAAAGA